GAAUCCGCAACCGCGGGGUGCGCAGAGCUGCGUUCUUUUGAAGUGCGCAUACAAGGCGUUUCUUGACCCAGUCACCCAAUCUGGGCUUCAGGAACAAAAGAACAAGAAGCUCCAUUUGUUCCUUGCGCUCAUAAAGGAGGGACGUGUCAGCACACACCGGAACCAAGACGCUCCAAGGCCGCAGACUUUACAAAAAAAUAAAAAUAAAAAAUGACGCGCUCCGUGUUCUGGUUCCUGCUUCUGCUGUUUAACACAGGACACGCCUGGGUGGCCAGUAACUUUCUGAUGACAGGACCGAAGGCUUAUCUCACCUAUGCAAGCAGCGUGCAGGUUGGGACGCAGAGGGGGAUUGCAGAGUGCAAACAUCAGUUCGCCUGGGACAGAUGGAACUGUCCGGACAGCUCCACGCAGCUCAGAGGACUGAGGAGAGGCUGUGAAGGCAAYGAUGAAGAGAGUGUGCAGAUGCCAUGGCAUGUCCGAAAGCUGCAGUGUCCAAACCUGCUGGACACAGCUKUCCAGUUUUAGAGAAAUCGGCGACUUCUUAAAAAUCAAGUACAACCACGCCCAAAAACUAGACGUCGACGGAAAGCGCCAGAGGGCGGGAAACAGCGCAGAUAGCCGAGGAACCAUCACGAAUACGUUCAGCAGCAUCGCCCAGACCGAGCUCAUCUACUUGGAGGACUCUCCGGACUACUGCAAGAGGAACAGCAGCCUGGGGCUCCACGGCACGGAGGGCCGGGAGUGUCUGCAUCCCAACGCAGAUGGCCUGAGUCACUGGGAAAGAAGGAGCUGCCGCAGGCUGUGCAACGACUGUGGCCUGAGAGUGGAGGAGAAACGCACGGAGGUGGUGAGCAGCUGCAACUGCAAGUUCCACUGGUGCUGCAAGGUGGACUGUGAGGACUGCUCACAGGUCAGGGUCAAACACGCRUGUGCCAGGAGGGAGGGCAGGGACGGGCCUGUUCCCAGACGCAGACAACGUGGGCCGAAAUAAACACGUUUUGUCACCUGAGGGGCCACAAUGACUURAUGAACGCAAGUCUAGUGCCUCAGAUUGAACUGGGAAAUAAAGAAUCUUCCAGGCAACAA